AUGCUACCGCCAGUUUUACAUGGAGGACCUUUAACAAUAAGUAAUCCAACAAGAGAUUCAGAAGCUGAGUUUACUAUGAUUGGUCAUCGUUUUGAAAAUGCGAAAGACUUUAAGGAUGCAUUGUGUGACUUAGCCGUCAAACGCAAUUUCAACUUUCAGUUCAUAAAGAACGACAAAGAUAGAAUGACUGUGACAUGUGCUGAUGAAGAUUGUCAAUGGUGUGUUCAUGCCUCAAGAGACGGAAACCUUCCUACAUUCAGGAUUAAAACACCAUUUCACCUGAGAGCAUCAAAGAAAUGGGUUAGUAGGAAUGUAGUAAUGAAAUUAAGUGAUCGGCCACUAUACCGAGCAGUGGAUAUACAACGAGAUAUAUUACAUGACCACGGUGUUUGUCUGUCGUAUAAACAAGCCUGGAUGGGUAAAGAGUUAGCAAAGGGAAUUCUUCAUGGCAGUGAUAUAGCAAGCUAUGAUCUAUUGGUAUGGUAUGCAGCCAAAGUUUCUGAAACUAACCCAGGUAGCGUCGUUAUUAUUGACACUGAUGGAGAACGAUUCAAGCGUGGGUUUUUCUGUUUUCGUGCUUCUCUUGAUGGUUUCAAGCGGGGUUGUAGGCCUAUGCUUUUUCUAGAUGGAACUCACUUGUUUAGCAAAUAUGGCGGUAUCCUUCUUGGUGUAACAGCCAAAGAUGGAAAUGAAGGAUUUUUUUCAUUUGGCGUUUGCUAUCGUGGAUAA